UCUUCUGAUGUUGAAUUCUUCAGUCGAAGGAGACACCACUUCAAGUGAAGUCUGAGACGUAAUAAACGGCCGCCCGGCGGAAGUGAAAUUUUACAGCACAGCCGCUUUGGCCUUUUGCCAACUCGGAGUCGGAAGCUCGAAACUAGAGGUUGUUUUACGAUCGUGCCUUAUACUUCCAGCCGGAAGGUAUUUGGGCUAUAUCUCGAUGUCAGCUUUUGUGAACCUGUCACGCUUCUUCACUACCUUUGGGUCUCGCCCACGCUCCUUAGACUUUCCGGAGUCUGUUGUUGACAGCUUACCGGCGGACUUCGACGUGACAAAGAUGGAGCACAACCUGUUGACGAUCGAAGACCCAGAAUUCCGCGAGCACCUGCUCUCUUCAGUUGAGACAGCAUCUCCCGAGCAAUUGCGCGCUCUCAUCCUUCAGCUCGCCGACGAGAUCCCUGAACUACAAUGGUCUCUGAUCCAAUCGCUCACCUCCUUGAAGGCAUUGUCAAAGGAGGUUUCGGAGGUCUCACACAUUGACACGAGGUCGGAUGCGGACUCAAACGAAGCUUCCUUCAGCCUAGGGUGUGUGUCAACGGGCUCUGAGAGUUGCCCCAGCUGGAAGUCCGCCUGCUCGGUUAGCAAUUGGGACAUCGAUGAUAUGACCGAGGAUGUCCCUGAGAUACAAUCCGAGGUGAGCGUCGAUGUCAAAUCGUGUCCGCGCUGGGAUAUUUGCGUAAAUUGCGGACAAAAAUUCGACAUGAACGCGGUGCGCGGGCCGUUCGAAUGCUGCUAUCACCCAGGGUUUCUCCAAAAAGAUGUUGAACGGCACAGACGGUGCGAUCCUCGAUCGUAUCCAGAGGACUUCAUCUGGAGGUGUUGCAACGAAAGCAACCCAGAGGGAUGCGAGACUGGCUACCAUAUACCUGCUGGAGACAUAGGACUGCCGCGAUUGUAGCGACUACUCGCUUUGAACCUUGAGAAAUAAUACUGCCUCAUGUUCGCACGCUGUCGAGUGGAACUGAACAGGUCUUUGCCAAGCGA